CCCAUACACUGACUGAUUAUGAUAGCAGACUGUGGCCGUGUAUAAAAUGGUGCUGGACAGAUUCGGGCAUCAGUCGAAGUAAGAUAACUAACUAACCCGAGCUGUUGUUUGUUACACAUAGUUACAUUUUAAGGAUUUUUAAGAAAUGUUUUUCCAAUUAGGCGCUGUCCUUCUGCUGGCAGCGGCGGCUCACUGCGGGCCGGCCUGCGGGGUCUGCCCCUUCAUCAACCAGCCCCUGUGCGGCUCGGACGGCCGCACCUACGGCAACCAGUGCGAGUUCAACUGCGCCCAGAGCAAGUCCGCCGACCUGACCGUCCAGCACCAUGGCGACUGCGAGCCUCACGGCAGGAGAGUCAGAGGCGUCACCGUGGUGGACGCAGCAGCUAUACCCGGCGGCGUGCAAGUGGCCGAGUCCCCGCUACCGUGCAACUGCCCCAGGAACGCCAAGCCGGUGUGUGGAGACAACGGACAAACGUACACCAACGAGUGUUUGUUGAACUGCCAGGCGCCGUCGACUGCUGUCCGCCACGCGGGCCCGUGCGACCGGGGCAGCGAGUGUGACUGCAGCAAGGAGCGGGAGCCCGUGUGCGGGAGCGACACCAGGUGGUACGGCAACAGAUGCCUCUUGGAGUGUGCCCAGUCGAAGGACCCCAGCGUGCACGAGGCGCACCCGAGGUACUGCAUCGACAAGGACAGGCCGUAUCUGAGGAGCAACUGAUUUGAGGGUGGGAGAGGAGAAGAUAAGUCCCAGUGGAAUUAAUGAUGCUGGCUGUGAGAUGUAUUGUUGUUAAGAAUGUACGGAAGUACUUACCUACAUCACUUUUAGCUAUUGUUAAAUAAAUAAACAUUAACUAAAUGAC